AAAAAGGUUGAAAAACACUGAGUUAGUGCAUCCCUGAGCAACCAAUACCCCCUGGUCAACCCAUCAGUUUCAGCAGUUUGCUUUUUCUUUCCCUGGACCCUGCCAAUAUGAAAUGAUUUCAAAAACAAGUUCUGUUAUUGCAUUUCCCAUCUCCCCCUAUGCUUUGCUAAGUUGUGCUCCCGAAUGACCUUGCUGAUCUUCACAAGUUUGUUAAAUAUACUUACUGUUAUAAACAACAACUGGACUGAAUGCUGGAUGAACGUUUACACACUACACGUCCCCUAUCGCUCUAAAAUUGAGAAAUAGAGGAAUAUGGUCUUUCUGGAUUCACUGGAGACCAGACUGCAUGGGAAUAAUGAAUGCCUGUGCAUAGAAAAGCACAACUCUUGAGUCCAUACCAACUUGCUUGUUGGAGUGAAGAAGCAUGUUUACUUUUCAAAACUUUCCUCCUCACUACAUUCUAGUAUGUUAUUAAAGCUCUGUAAGCAAAAGCUAAUGCCGGGGGACACCUACAACAUUGCACUUGAGGCUGUGUUUUUUGUUUUUCUUUUGAUACUGCUAUGAAAUCUGGUGAGAUGUGAGUUGGCUUUGUUCUUUUUAUUUCAAGUAUUACUGAUAGAGUCCAACUGAUAGAGCUGGGGAUUCUGAAGUAUUUCAAGACUGGUCUUGAUAUUGUCACAUUUCAUCAAUUCAUGGUGCGGAUUAAAGCUAGACAUAUGGAUACAAUUGUGCAAAGAAAUGUUUUAUAUGAUUUUCAGUGUGAGUUAGUUAGGCAAUCCUAACCAAUAUCUAUGUACCAUGAAUAUUUAAUUGGUUUGUUGAUCGGGCAGGUUUAAAAAUAUUAUCUGUCAAUUCAACAUUGAAAAUGCAUUGUAGAAGUGAAGCUCUCUUCAGCUGAAGCUGUUAGCAAUCAUUUAGGCUGUCAGCUGACUGGAUACUAGAAUGAACGUAACUAACAUUACAGUGGCUCCUACUGAUGUGACUGAUAACCAACCAGCAUCCAAAGCUUAAUCUUUGUCAUGGAACCCUGAAACUAUAAAUCUCUGGGAUGGACAGAGAAUACAUGUCAUUUUACUGUCAUCACAGUCGAGCCAAAAGACUGUUAGGUCUGAGGCCAUUUCAACUAAGAAAUGUUCUAAUGUCUCACCUUGCUUUCCAAGUAUGUGAGCACAUUUUUGUUUUUCUUUAUUCUUCCUAAUAUCUGUUAGAACGUGGCUUUGCUGGGAAACCAUUUGACUUGGUAUUGGAGACAGUGUAUUCAUACUUGGGAAAAUCUAGCAUACUUAUUGUAUCCUGGGUGACUAUUCCAAUCCCCAAUAGCCAUAUUAUAAAAAUGUGGGGGCAUUCAUAUCAUCAAGUUGUGGCACUAAUUAUAUGUACAAAAAGAAUAGAGGUUGGUGAGAGGGAAAAUGUGCUAUCUCCAGCUGUCAUUGGGUUAUUGAAAGGCUCAAUACAGAAUGCAUCUGGUGUAUUCACUGCCCAAUUGAGCCUCUCUUAUACAGAACAUCUCUCACAGCAUUGCCUUAAAGCCAAGUGCACUCUAAGAAGACAUCACUGUGUGGCAGACUGAAUUUCUCUCUCACAGGAAUAUUUAUUGGCUCAACGAUCCAUGCGGGAACUGCCACACGAGAUAAAUCUUCCUAAAAGACUCCACUAAAAGAAUGGCCAAACGAACCAUGUCCACAGAAGAUGACUCCAAGUGGUUGGAAUGGGUGACCAAGCAGUUUGAGAACAUUGCUGGGGACGACAAAGAGAUUGACCUGGAGGAAUUCAAGACAGCACUUAAAGUCAAAGAGUCCUUUUUUGCAGAGCGAUUCUUUGCCCUGUUUGAUUCUGAUGGCAGUGGCUCAAUCAGUCUGGAUGAACUGCUGAAGGCUCUAAACCUCCUGAUACAUGGGAAUGAAACUGACAAACUCCGGUUCCUCUUUCAAGUUUAUGAUGUUGACGGGAGCGGUUCUAUUGACCCAAGUGAGCUACGCACAGUUCUGAAAUCAUGCCUACGGGAAAGUGCAAUCUCGCUGCCUGAGGAGAAGCUGGAUGACCUGACGCUGGUGCUGUUCGAGUCUGCUGACAAAGACCAUAGCGGAUCCAUCACGUUCCAGGAACUGAAGGAGGAGCUAGAGCGCUUCCCAGAAGUUAUGGAGAACCUAACCAUAAGCGCUGCUAACUGGCUGAAGCCUCCAGCUGUGCAAAACAAGAGCCACACUCCUCGCUAUCUAACAAGGACCUACUGGCACAACAACCGCAGUAAGCUGCUCUUCAUGUGCUGCUACUGGUGCCUGAACGUCCUGCUCUUUGGCCUAGCUGCAGUCAAUCAUGCCAGUCUUGGAGGGUGGAUCAUGGUAGCCAAGGGCUGUGGUCAGUGCUUGAAUUUCAACUGCACUUUUAUUGUGGUGAUGAUGCUGCGUCGGUGUCUGACAUGGCUGCGCACUACCUGCGUUGUACGUUUCCUGCCACUGGAUCAGAAUGUUGUUCUGCAUGAGCUGAUUGGAUAUGUUAUUUUUGUUCUAACAGUCAUUCAUACUGCAGCGCACAUAACUAAUUUCAUAAAUCUCACUGAGAAGACUGGCGCAUAUACAUUUUGGGAAUAUCUCCUCACUAUAAGGCCAGGCAUCGGCUGGAUCAGUGGUACCGCAUCCAUUACUGGCAUUCUUCUGCAGCUCCUCAUCUGUCUGAUGUUGCUGUUUUCCAAUACCUUUGUACGCAAAGGAGGCUACUUUGAGGUGUUCUACUGGACUCAUCUGUCCUACAUUUGGAUUUGGAUUCUGUUAUUUCUACAUACACCAAAAUUCUGGAAAUGGUUUUUGGUCCCUGGGCUUCUGUUCCUUCUAGAGAAGCUGUUUGGGGCAGCCGUGUCACGUACAGGGGAUGUGUAUAUUACAGAGGUUAACUUGCUGGCGUCUAAGGUGACACAUCUUGUCAUUAAGAGACCGCCAUCUUUCCAGUUCAAGCCAGGUGACUACAUAUACUUGAACAUACCAGUAAUUGCCAAGUAUGAGUGGCACCCGUUCACUAUCAGCAGUGCCCCUGAACAGGCAGACACAAUCUGGCUGCACAUCCGCUCCUUGGGUCAAUGGACAAAUAGUUUAUAUGAAUAUUUUCACAACCCACAAACUGUAAAUAGACAUGAGACAAAAAGACAGAUCCUCACUCAGAAGAACAGACAACAUCACAGUCAGGAGCAUCUUUUCAGCUCAGGCCAUAUUUGUGAGGCAAUUGCAAGCAAUGACGAUGACCAGAUUGAGUUGACUUCUUACCGUCCUCGCAGAAACCCCCUGGGGGAAGAAGUACGAGUAAGUUUGGAUGGAACAGGAAGUGCACAAGGCCAAGAGAUUUGCUGUAUGGCUAAUGACAACCAAAGCUUGUGCAACAUUAAGUGUUACAUUGAUGGACCCUAUGGAACACCAACUCGUCGGAUCUUCACAUCAGACCAUGCGGUACUGAUUGGGGCAGGCAUUGGGAUCACUCCAUUUGCAUCAAUACUUCAGAGCAUCAUGUACAGAUAUCGCAUGAGAAAGCAGAACUGUCCCAGUUGCCAAUAUUCUUGGUGCGAGACGCUGAAAGAAAACGAAAUGGACCUGAGGAAGGUGGACUUCAUUUGGAUCAACCGAGACCAGAAAUUCUUUGAGUGGUUUGUGAGCCUGCUAACUAAGCUUGAGUUGGACCAGGCAGACGAGGAACCAGAUGGCCGUUUCCUGGAAAUGCACAUGUAUAUGACAUCAGCACUCAGCAAGAAUGACAUGAAAGCCAUUGGCCUGCAGAUGGCAUUAGACCUUUUGGCACAGAAAGAGAAAAAAGACUCCAUAACUGGACUGAGGACAAGGACACAACCAGGACGGCCAGACUGGAACAAGGUGUUCCAGAAAAUUGAGCAAGAAAAUAAAGGCAAAGUGCAGGUGUUCUUCUGUGGGUCUCCAGCACUUGCCAAGAUUAUCAAGGCUCAUUGUGAGAAAUUCAACUUCAAGUUCUUCAAGGAAAAUUUCUAAUAAAUUGUCUCUGUUCAAUAACAAAA